AGUAUUCCGACGCUAGCUGUACUGUGAAGAGGCACCAUGAAAUCGAUAAUCUUUCUCGCGCUUAUCGGUGUGUGCGCGUGCGCAUUACCCGGGGUACCCUACAACCCUUACAACCCCACCUACAGGCCCUACUACCAGGACAGGCCGAGAGCGUCCCUGGAACGAAACGCGGCCGUCCUCCGCUCAGUAUCAGAUGUGAACGAAGGAGGGUAUUACUACGCUUAUGAUACUGAAAACGGAAUCUCAGCUGAAGAAACUGGCCGAGAAGCCAAUGGCAUUCAGGCUGCUGGCGGCUACUCGUACACUGGCGAUGAUGGGCAGGUGUACAGCAUCAGGUAUACCGCUGAUGCCAACGGGUUCCAGCCAGUGGGAGCCCACAUUCCCACUCCACCCCCCAUUCCUGAGGCCAUCGCUCGAGCCCUCGCGGAGAACGCGAGGGAUGAGGCGAGUGGGAUCUUUGAUGAUGGAAGCUACCACUCAGGCAAAUACGACUCUGGGAUCUUCACUGCGCGCGCGCAGAAACCCUACGUGCCCGUGCCCGUGCCCGCCUACCGACCUUACCGACGUAUCCAAGCCCAUGAAGUUGGUGAGACAGGUAAAGCUUCCACCGUGAAAGGAGCUUACAGCUACGUGGGUGAUGACGGGAAGUCCUACACAGUGACGUACAUAGCUGAUGAACACGGGUUCAGACCGCAGGGUGAUCAUCUGCCAACUGCACCGCCGAUACCAGCUGAAAUAGCAAAGGCUUUGGAGAAGAACGCUAGAGAUGAAGCUAAUGGGAUAGUUGAUGAUGGUCAGUACCACGAGCACCACCAACCGCAAAUAGACCAAAGCAACCAGAAAACCCAGCAUCAAGAAGAAUACACCAUAGUAGACCAGCAUGGAUAUUACCAUUAG